CUUUGUUUCAUAAAAUAGUUUUUUGCAUUAACUAUAUUAAUAAAUUAUUAUAAAAUCAUUUCACUAUCAACGAAAUUGGCAUAACUAAUAUAAAAAUUCCAAUCUGAAGAACCUUUGUGAUAAAUUUAAAUUCACAAGAAAAAAAAAUUCCUCUAAUAAUAAUAACAACUAAUUUACAAUCAGACAAAAUGAGCGAUACACCGCAAAUAAUAAACCAUGAAACACCGCAAAAAACAAACGAUGUAGAAAGAAUGGAGCGGGUAUUGAGACUGAAAGAUUUAAAAGAAGUUACAGAAAAAAAUCUGAAUCUUGUAAGGAAAGCGAAACGUGAUCAGAGAUUGGCAAUAUUUUUUUCGGUCACUGUUAUUAUAAUUGGAAUUGUUUUUAUUACUUAUGAAAGUGUGAAUAAGGAUUCAACAGCUUUUAAGAUUGUAGCAAAUUCUCUAUCUGGUAUUUUAAGUGGGAGUAUCAUUUUUUCGAGUAUUAAAGGCAUUUUUGAAAUUAAUGAAAAGUCAAAAAUAAUUGACAAAAUUAAUAUUGGUCCUUCUGUGGUUGAUAUAGAAAAGGGUGAUAUUUGGGCGCAUGAUAAAAAAGAAACUUUGGAUGAUGUGAAAAAUAUAAUAAAGAUUGUUCGGGAAAGGAAUGAAAAUUUAAAUCGCAUGAGAAUAGCGUGUUUUAUUUUAAAUACUAUUUGUUCCCUUAUUUUGAUAGCUCUUAUUCUUUUAAAUGUUUUUUUUAGUUUCAUUUUAUCAAAAAGAACAAAUAGAACAGAUGAUUAUAUUUAUACAAUAAGUGUCCUUCUUAUUACUGGUGGGAUGUAUAAUAUAUUCCGCUCUAUGCUUUUACUUUUGCUUUUAAUAGAACCAAGUGUUUUACAGAAUUAUUCAUUGAUUAACUAUCUCUUUGUUAUUCACCUGUUUUUAACCUUUCUUAUUCGUAUGAAAAAUAAUGGGAGAAACAAUAAAAAUGGGAUAAAUAACAAUAAUGAGAGAAAUAAUAAUAAUGAGAGAAAUGAUAAUGAUGAAAACGUUAAGGAAAAUGAUAAAACCGACGGAGAGAAGUGCACUAAGAAGUGCAAGUUUGAAGAUGAUAUAUCGUUUGAUUUUUUUUGUGUGAAAUUUUUUAUUUUACGCGUUAAUUUGGUAUUUCAUGAAAGAGGGAUGAUAGUAAGACUUUUACAUGGAUUAAGCCUUUAUGAUGAUCAUAAUGAUCAUACAAAGCAAAUUUUUUUUAAAGAGUGGGUUAAAUCCUUUUUUAUUUAUACGGGUGAGUACAAUUUGAAUCAAAUUACAGAUUCAAAUGACUCACAGAUUUAAAUUGACGUACAAUUAGCAUUUGUAUUUUAAAAUGAUAUUUAUAUUAUAUAUUAUAAUAUGUCAAUGUAUUUAAUUAUAUAAUUUUGCCCAAAUUUAAACAAAAAAUAAUUUAUAAAUUUUUGGGGUCGGCCAAAAAUAAUCGGCAAAAUUGUCACGUGAUCGAAGAAUU